UACAUGGACGCACCAGAAGUCGACAAGGAACUGAAAAGGCUUUUACGUGCUGAUAUGGAAGCAGUAAAAGUUAGAUGGGAGCUGAUAUCUACCGAGGAAGAAAACAAACAAAAAUCUGACAUGUUGCAAGGACACAUAUCAGGUAGCCAGCCGACGGGUGUUUCGACGCUUCCCCCUGAUAACUUUGAAGCUUCAGAAAAAACAGCAUCUUUAAGAGAAGACGAGAUUUUUGGUGGUGCCGUGAGCUCAAGUAGUGGAAGUGAGGGCGAAGAGGUAGCUGAAGGCAGGCAGCUUGCGCAUCAACUUAUGAAGUCUGUAGACGAAAACAGCAACAGCACUGACUCCGCGAAGCCACCACUUACUCCGGCCCGAAUGGAGAUUCAGCAUCUACAGUCAGAUCUGAUCGAAUACGAGAAUCAGAUGGAAGUGUAUCAAAGUCAGUUGGCUGCUUUGGAAAACCCUAUUUUAAAGGCUCGGCUGCAAGAAGAAAUCGAAAAACAUAUGAAGAAAGAACAGGAGCUGAAGCAACGAGUAAAAUCGACGUUGUUGCAUAAGUCAAUUUAA